AUCAGCGAGCCUGCACGGUGCAGACGACUUCAGCCCAGCCUGUUUACAUGUAAUUCACACACGCAGCCUGUCUGGCUGUGCGCAGCUGUUUGCUGGGGGUGCAGUCAGUGUCUGCGCUGUCACUAAACGGUGUGAGCGCGGUGUCGCUUUAAGAGUGAAAGUGAAAUCCGAGACAGAGAGAGAAGAGGAGGCGCCUUGCCCUGCAGUAACCUCCUCCAGCCCUGUCGCUGCUGCAGCAUCUUGCUAGCGCCUGCCUGCUAACUCCACCGGUCUGCUUACCGAGCUCCGGAGCACCGCGGACGGGCCACACGGACCGCGGCGGCCCGAUGACGGCGUGUGCCUCACACUGUGGAUGGAGGAGGAGGAGGAGCGACUAGAUGCGCCGGCCGUGGAUCUGUUUUGGCAGCCUGUGAUGUUUUCAUCCAUCAUCAUGCCCAACUAGCUAACGCGUACAGCAGCAGCGACGGAGCUAGCUCACACUGUUGAUGAUUGACGAGAGUGGGCUCGGGUGGCCAUGGACGCCUUCACCCAGCUGAUCCUGCUCAUCGCCGUGGUGAGUUUCUGUACCUUCCAGUGGCUCUUCCACAGCGUGAGUCCCUGGGUAUCAUCCAGGAUCAGCCCAGGCUUCCUGAAACUCAGCCACAAGCAGCAGAUUGAGUGGAACUCAAGGACGGUGUCCACACUCCAUGCGAUUCUGGUUGGGCUCUUCUGCCUCUACAUCCUCUGCUUCGAUGAGGCUGUCAAUCAGGACCCUGUGUGGGGAGAUCCUACACUUGUGAAGAUAAACGUGGGAAUAACAACAGGCUACCUCAUAUCUGAUCUGCUGCUCAUAUUUUACUAUUGGAGGGCGAUAGGGGACAAGUUUUUUGUAGUUCAUCACCUGGCAGCGUUGUAUGCUUACUACUAUGUACUGGGCCAAGGAAUGUUGCCUUAUUUUGCUAACUUCCGUCUGCUUGCAGAGUUUUCCACCCCAUGUGUGAACCAGCGCUGGUUCUUUGAAGUGUUAGGUUACCCUAAAACCUCCAGACCCAACAUUGCCAAUGGGGUGCUGAUGGCGGCAGUGUUUUUCAUGGUACGGAUUGCGGUCAUGCCUGUUUACUACAGCCGUAUGUACUCUGUAUAUGGCACGGAGGCCUUCUACCGUGUCUCCUUUGGCGGCCGCAGUGCCUGGAUCUUCUCCAGCAUCUGUUUGGACAUCAUGAACAUCAUGUGGAUGCAUAAGAUUGCUCGUGGCUGCUACAAGGUCCUGCGCUCUAGCCAACGGCUCAAAGCCCAGACUCAAGAGAAUGGAAAAACUGACUAAGCAUGAUGAAACAUUCACUCUCUGCAGUUGGGGGAAUUCGAGGAAGUUUUUUUUCUCUCUCCGUGCACUCUCCCCCCCCAGUGACAAUUUGUGAGUCAGUCAGCCAACAGAAGCGUGCUGCUGCCGGACGUUUUGAAUUGUCCUCCUCCCUCUCUGAGGCCAAGCAGGGAAAUGAGGCUAGACAUCUUGUGACAGCAGAGGGAAGCAACUACCCCUGAGCAAUACUUACAGUACAUGGCCAACACUUUGAGCAAGCUUCAUGCUGUAACAGGACCACUGAUGUCACAUUGAGUUGACCACUGCUGGUAAAGA